AAGGAUACAGUUUGAGUGGAUUCUACUUAUAUUUUUAAGAGAUAAACAUAGAAAAGAUACUAAUCAAAACGCAUAUGCACCUGUGAUGAGGUGAGUGACCAUGGCGCAGCACUAUGAUGGUCUGUCCCACUGUAAGCUGGCCCUGGUGUUUGCCAUAUUGAUGGACCUGCUAGGUGUGUCUGCUCUGCUGGUGGGGGUCUUCGCCCCAUUAGAAAUUAAGGGACAGGACUUUGGGGACCUGCUGGUGUACUCUGGGGCUCUACUGAUGCUCAUGUCCCUGGGAGGCUGGGUCAUGUGGUACAGCGGGAACAUCGAGGGCCUGACCUCCAGGAAGGAGCUAGGGGGAACCAUGGGUGCCAUGGACCGGCUGGCCCGCUCUCUCAGCCGGAGGAUACGACUCCCCAGGAGCCACAGCAGCCCCUCAUGAUGCUUCAUGGCCAGGCGGAGGAGAAGGGCAUGGUUGUAGGAGAGGGUCCUCAGUGUCUCCAUUAGACUAUUGGCCCCUGACAGUCAAACUGCCUGGGGGUCCGAGAGCGGUAUUGUUAGCAUUGAGGGAGUGCUAUUAAAUGCGGGCAGGAGGGAGGAGCGCCCUUCUCAAAUCGAACAGUAAUCUCGCCGCUCGGUCAUGUUGUCAUCAAGGCAGCAUAUGUUCACAUUUUCAAACUAGUUUCAUUAGGAAGGCAGAUAAAGCCUUUUUAUCAAAAGCAAUCAUUUUUGUAUGUGAAAACACAGAAUCCUACUCAUUACUCCACUACUUCGUCACUUUUUUUUUUGAGCUGACUUCGAUGUAGGCCAAACGAAUGUAAUCAACGCUAACCCGCUUCACCCGGGGCAUUAAUAAGAUUCCGUUUUUAAGAUACAUUUUUUUAUAGAACUCCCUCAUUCAUUAACCCAAGUUCUACCGCCUCCACGGUGGAAGAGACUUACAUACUGCUUGUUCACUAGUGUCAAGUACAAGAUGGAAAAACUGUUGGUCAUUGCUUUUUAUUGUGACUUGACCUUUGCUAAAACACCUCCGGUAGAUAACAUACAGUGGGGAGAACAAGUAUUUGAUACACUGCCGAUUUUGCAGGUUUUCCUACU